AUGGCAAAGAACAUAAACUCAGUUAGCUUCACUGUUCUCUUGAUUGUCUUCUUCAUGGCUACCACUGAAAUCAUUAAGAGCAAUGCUGAACCACGAUGCUUCACGUUCUUAGACGAGUGCGGUCCAGACCCAUUCCUUGGUACGAAUCUUGAUUGCACUGAAUGUUGCAGAAGCACAUACCCGGGUCAAAAAGUAUGUAAAGGGGUUGUUGAGGGAAGCGAACAACACUGCCAUUGCUACCAAAGAUCCAAAAAAGAGUGA